AUGUCUACAGGUCAGGGCAGCCUGGAUGCUGCUGCUUCCGAGCGCAAGGCCAGACUCGCCAAACUUGCGUCUCUAAAGCGCAAGCAGCCCGGCGCGGACACGACCGUUGGCAAUCAAACGGACUCUUCACAAAAGGCCCGCGGCGACACAGACGUCUACUUAUCUGGUCGCAAUUACGAUACCGAAACGAGAGGUCCUAGACUCGGCUUUGAGAAUGCUCCUGGCGCUGAUGUCGACACGGUCGAAAAGGCAUCUGAGCGGAUCGCAGCCGAAGCGCGUGAACAAGCAGCCAAGGACGAGGCGGAGAACGAGAAGGGCAUUGACUUAUUCAAGUUGCAGCCAAAGAAGCCAAAUUGGGACCUCAAGCGCGAAUUGGCGGAGAAGAUGAAGGUAGUGGACGUGCGCACACAAAAUGCUAUUGCCAGGAUGGUCAGGGAACGCAUCCAGCAAUCGAAACAAGAGGCACAGAGCAGGGCUACCAAACCAGCCACUUCGGCGGUAGACGGAGACGGAGAUGGUGAGGAGGUUGGAAUCGCAGGCACAACGCUCGCCGAAGCUGUCCAUCAGAGAGAAAGAGAGGAACAGGAGGAACAGGAAAGAGAAUCAGAGGACGACGACGAUUGA